AAGCAGGGAAUUCAUUUGCAGGAGGCCUUGCCUUGCCUUGCCAUGUUUGGAGAGAAUCCAGACAUAUCAGACAUCAAGAAGCAGAUCGAUGAACUGGUUGAGCAUUUGCGCCGGCCAGACGCGGUGUGCGUGGCACAUCAAGACCUGGCACAACUGUCAGAGCGGUUUGUGAACAGAGCGACCUGCAAGACCAGCCAGAAAUGGAUCCGGCGGAGUACCUGAAGUGGUUGCGGGAGGAAGUGCUGGAAAAGGAGCUGGCGCUGAACUCACCUCAUUAUGUGGGGCACAUGGCCACAACAUUGCCCGAGUACAUGCCAGAGAUGGCGCGCUUGGUCACGGCUGCCAACCUCAACUUGGUAAAGGCCGAGACCGGCAAGGCCACGACCUUCCUCGAGCGCGAGGCUGUGGCUGUGCUGCACAAGGCGAUCUUCUGCAGGGAGGACAGUUUCUACCAAAGCCACGUGCAGAGUCGCACAAGCUGCUUGGGGACCCUCACAUCAGGGGGGACCACCGCCAAUAUCCAGGCCAUGUGGAUGGCGCGGAAUCGAGCUUUUCCAGAAGCGGAGCAGAAGGGGAUGUUUGCUGCCAUGCUAUCUAGCGGCGUAUCUGGGGCCGUGGUACUGGCGUCUGAGCUGGUGCACUACUCCAUAGACAAGGCGGUGAGCCUGCUGGGCCUCGGCGCGGAGAGCUUGGUGAAGCUGGCCACGGAAGCCGGUGGCGGCUUCCGCGUGGACGUGGGCGCCAUGGAGAGCAGCCUGGAGGAGUGCCGCGCCAGGAACCAGAAGGUGCUGGCCAUCGUGGGCGUGGCGGGCGCCACGGAGACGGGCUCCGUAGACGACUUGGACGCCUUGGCGGAGCUCGCGGCGCGCUUCGAGUGCCACUUCCACGUGGACGCCGCCUGGGGCGGGCCUCUGGCCUUCGCGGACCGAGAUCGGCUGAAAGGCCUGGAGCGGGCAGAUUCUGUGGCGGUGGAUGGCCACAAGCUGCUGUUCACCCCUUUGGGCCUGGGGACGUUGCUCAUCAGGGAGCCCAGCUGCCCGGGCCGCAUUCAGAAGGCUGCCCGCUACAUCAUCCGGGAGGACAGCUUUGACCAGGGGCGCUUCACCUUGGAAGGCUCGCGCCCGGCCAUGGCCAUCUACCUCCACAUGAACCUCCGGUGCUUGGGUCGCUCCGGCCUGGCAGCCAGGGUAAACCACGGCUGCGCACUGGCAAGCCAUUUCGCGCAGAGCCUGGCAACAUCUCCUUGCUUUGAGCUCAUCACUCAGCCGGUGACAAACAUUGUGCUGUAUCGAUACAUCCCGGUGCCUUUCCGGACCAAGGGGCCCGCUAGCUUUCAGAAGGAGAUGGACGAGUUCCAAGUCUUGCUUCAAUCCAAGCAAGCGCUAGCAGGACGUAGCUUCGUCUCACGCACUGCGGUACCAGUUGCCAGUUACAAGCGCCAGUGUUUGGUGUGCUUGCGUGCAGUGUUUGGCAACAUGGCAAUCACCACAGAGAGCUUGGAUCAGAUGCUGCAGGAGCAGCGAGCAUUGGCCAAGCAGAUUGAGCAAAGCCUUUGGAGUUCGGGCGGCGAGUCAGAGGGAACUCGAGAAGCGGACACUCCAAGGUCGCCCAGUACGGUAAGCGAAUUGGAGGCUUCCAGCUGGGACUCCGAUGAUAGUCGCAGGCACGGAAGUGAGGUAGCUUGUCGCCUGAAAUGGCAUGGGGCGCAGGGCUGUAGUUCAUGAGGCUCGGCGUGUGAGCCCGUGCUUCAUCGCCUAGACUUUUGAAUUGCGCGAGGAAAGGGCAAGUGCUACAGUGUACAGACUGCCUUGGCAGAGCCACGGCCCUCGUGCUUUCAGAAAUCGUUGCUUGCAAGGGCUGCUCCCUGGCAACCGAGCCAAAUCAGGAGGGCUCGGCAUCUGGGAGCAGCAACCCUUCAUGGAGAUGUGGAGGUGACGUGAGCUGCUUGAUUCUCAGAUCUUGGUGCCUGUAAUGUUUUCCAAUAGGCGUCGGGCCAACCGAUAAUCAAGUUCGCAGAAGUUCAAAAGGAUGGCUUGGGCCUGAGACGUUUACCAAUGGUUUGCCGGCGAAUUGGGCGUAUCGGUGUUGAAAGGUCAGUAGCGUCAAGGAGGUUCAUGACAUCUCGGAGUGGUUUUGGCUCCAAAGCUGUUCAAAUCGUACGGAGUCAUUCUUUCUGUAUGUGGGCCGUUCUUUUUUGUGCCGGCCGAGUGCCAGCGUUGAUACUUGCCAUGGAGCGCGGGCAUCAUUUACAUGUCUACGCUCGCACCUUUUCUUGCCGGGCAUGACAUUGACACACACACACACAUACACACAAAC